AUGGUCAAGCAGACCCCUCCCCACGCCCUGCAGCAGCUAGGCCCGCUGGGCACGUCCCCGAAACCUGCCGAGGGCAUCGUUCCUGGCAUCGGGUCCCUCAUGAAUGGAACUUCUCUGGCCCCGAUCUCCUCGGCCGUUGGCCCGAAUGGACACAAUAGUCCAAAUGGGGUGCGCAACGACGGACCACGGGAUAUCCCGAAUGAGAAGAUCGGGUUCGGCGGCGAGGAUAUGCGGGCGUUGCGCCAGUUGGACCGGGUGUUCACGGCGUAG